AUGUUGCUGCACACAACCCAGGGCAAAAAGCUGGAGCAACCAGAAGUGGUGACCAAAUUACGGGAACUGGCGCGAGGAUUACCAGUGAAAAGUAAGAUGGCAGCUGAGAGGAGUGAGGUCUUUCUGGGACUUCCUUUUGCUAAGCCUCCUGUUGGACCACUGAGGUUUUCUGAGCCCCAGCCACCUGAGCCAUGGAAAGGUGUCAGAGAUGCCACUUCCUACCCACCAAUGUGCCUUCAGGACAAAGUAACAGGACAGUUUUUUUCAGAUGUUAUUACCAAUAGAAAAGAAAAAGUUCUUCUGCAGAUGUCUGAAGAUUGCUUAUACCUGAACAUAUACACACCUGUGUCUACAGAAAAACAGGAGAAGCUGCCAGUCUUUGUGUGGAUUCAUGGAGGUGGGUUAGUUUUUGGAGCAGCUUCAUCUUAUGAUGGUUCAGCAUUAGCGGCUUUUGAGAACGUGGUAGUUGUGGCAAUUCAGUACAGACUGGGUAUUCUUGGAUACUUUAGCACUGGUGAUAAGCAUGCUCGUGGUAACUGGGGGUAUUUGGACCAAGUGGCAGCUCUUCAAUGGAUUCAGGAAAAUAUCAUACACUUUGGAGGAGACCCGGGAUCCGUCACCAUCUUUGGAGAAUCUGCAGGGGGAAUCAGUGUAUCUGCUCUGAUCUUAUCUCCGCUGGCAAGGGGCUUGUUCCAUAGGGCCAUUUCAGAGAGUGGAACAGUAGUGAGGACUUUAUUCACUGAAAAGUCUGAGGAGGAAGCACAAAGAAUUGCUGCUGCAUCUGGCUGUGAAAAGUCCAAUUCUGCUGCUCUGGUUGAGUGCUUAAGAGAAAAAACAGAGGAAGAGAUGGAACAGAUCACUCUAAAAAUGGAUCUGACAACAUUGCAACUAUGCCAUACCUCACCUGAGAAUUGUGAACAGCAUCCCAUGUUCAUCAGUUCAACUGUGGAUGGUGUAUUUUUUCCAAAGAGUCCCAAGCAACUACUGUCUGAAAAAGCAAUUAAUGCUGUCCCAUAUAUAAUAGGAGUGAAUAACCAUGAAUUCGGUUGGGUAGUUCCUGAAGUAAUGAAAUUUCCUGAUUUUACACAUGGUCUGGACAAAGAAGUUGCACGUCAAGUAUUGCAGAGCUCGUUUGUAUUAUCAUUUAAGGAUAUUCCUUCUGACAUUGUUGAUCUUGUAUUCAAUGAAUACAUGGGGAAAGCACAGACCCGUGCUCAGGUGCGAGAUGGCCUUCUUGAUGCUAUAGGAGAUCACGUGUUUGUUUUCCCAGCCAUUGAAGUGGCCAGAUACCACAGAGAUGCUGGCCACCCAGUCUACUUCUAUGAAUUUCAGCAUCGACCAAGCUCAACCACAGCACCCGAGUUUGUAAAAGCAGAUCAUGGAGAUGAGAUUUUCUUUGUCUUUGGAAUGCUAUUGUUAGCUGGUGAUGUAUCUGUGCUUGCUAAACCAUUCUUUCUAAAACAACAUUGUUAUUAUUUAUGUUUACCUCAGCACUUUCAGAACACAAGUUUGUUUAGUAACUGUGGAAUUGAAAUAAGCUGUUUUUUCAGUAUUCAAUCUUGUUCAACUGCCCUGAAAUCUUCUUGUGAUGAUUUCUGGAUUGCUAACAACUGUCAGGGUUUUACUCUUUCUUUCUUUCUUAUUGUUUACAGGAAUCCCAAUGGGGAAGGUCUGGCUGAACAGCCAUCCUACAGACUAAAUGAAAAACGCUUGGAGAUAAAUCUAAAACGAAGGAAAGACAGAAAGUUGAAGGAAAAGAAGGUAGACUUCUGGGAAAAGGUGUUGUUUGAAAAGCCAACUAGGAAAAGAAUGGAAAACAAGAGAGUUACUAUAGAGCUAUAACUUACCGUCUAAACAUGCAUAAUAGGCAUAGUAUUUAGGAUAGCAAAAGGAAUUAUUGGAAAUAUUUUUGGAGGGUAAAAUAAUGUGUCCCUUCCUUUCACCUUUUCUUUGCAGUUCUCAUAUUUACGCUUAUUUGCUGUAAUUAUUGCAGUGGAAAGAUUUUCACUUGGUGCUUUUUCCUCGGUCCUUGUCCUCAGCAGAAUCCUUUCCUUUGCAAUACAGUUAACAGAUCUGUCUGCUACUCAGGUUUUUCUGUAGAUUUGCCAUUGCUGAAGAAGAAUGUGGCAGCAUUGUUGUGUUAAUAAAGCUAAAUCAAUAAAGACCUGAUUUGCAAGUAAAA